GCAGAAGGGCCGCCCCCGCCUCCCAGCGCCUCAUGGAGCCCCGGGGCACCAAGCGGGGAGCUGGGAAGGUAGAAGGAGCCGAACCGCGGAACAAACCCCCGCGCCCCGCGCCCUCGCUGCCCACGGAGCCCGCCCUCUACUCCGGGCCCUUCCCGUUCUACCGGCGCCCGUCCCAGCUGGGCUGCUUCUCCCUGGACGCGCAGCGCCAGUACCACGGCGAUGCCCAGGCCUUGCGCUACUACAGCCCACCCGCCGCUGGUCAGGGCCCCAACUUCGACCUCCGAGAGGGGUACCCCGACCGGUACCAGCCGCGGGACGAGGAGGUGCGAGAGGGCCUGGACCACCUGCUGCGCUGGCUCCUGGAGCACCGAGGCGGGCUGGAGGGAGGUCCCGGCUGGCUGGCAGGGGCCAUCGUGACGUGGCGGGGACACCUGACAAAACUGCUGACGACACCGUACGAGCGGCAGGAGGGCUGGCAGCUGGCGGCCUCCAGGUUCCAGGGGACGCUGUACCUGAGUGAGGUGGAGACGCCGGCUGCUCGCGCGCAGAGGCUCGCCCGGCCGCCCCUCCUCCGCGAGCUGAUGUACAUGGGGUACAAGUUCGAGCAGUACAUGUGUGCAGACAAACCUGGAGGCUCCCCCGACCCCUCUGGGGAGGUUAACACCAACGUGGCCUUCUGCUCUGUGCUACGCAGCCGCCUGGGAAGCCACCCUCUGCUCUUCUCGGGGGAGGUGGACUGCACAGACCCCCAGGCCCCAUCUCCGCAGCCCCCCACCUGCUAUGUGGAGCUCAAGACCUCCAAGGAGAUGCACAGCCCUGGCCAAUGGAGGAGCUUCUACAGACACAAGCUCCUGAAAUGGUGGGCUCAGUCAUUCCUCCUGGGAGUCCCCAAUGUUGUCGCUGGCUUCCGCAACCCAGAGGGUUUCGUCUGUUCCCUCAAGACCUUUCCCACCAUGCAGAUGUUUGAGCACGUCAGGAAUGACCGUGACGGCUGGAACCCUUCCGUGUGCAUGAACUUCUGUGCCGCCUUCCUCAGCUUUGCCCAGAACACAGUCGUGCAGGACGACCCCAGGCUUGUCCACCUCUUCUCCUGGGAGCCUGGCGGCCCAGUCACCGUGUCCGUACAUCGGGACACACCCCAUGUCUUCCUGCCCACAUGGUACGUGGAAGCCAUGACUCAGGAGCUCCCAUCGCCCCCCAAGACACCGUCCCCUAAGGACUUAUACUUCAGGGGGGCUGGUCCUGUCUCUGUGCAGUUAAAGGCAGAUUUCUAGGUGGUUCUCCCUGCUGUGUCUUUGAGCUGUCACCCUGCCCAGCACCUCAGUACACACCGGCGGUUUGCUGUUUUAUUAUUCCCCAUGGGGCCAUUCACUGCGUGUAGAGGCUAGCUGCAAAGACGAUGUCCCUCCGCAGCAGGGUAGCUGCCGUCUCCAUCUUGGCACCCAGCACAGGCUCGCCGACCAGGCGGGCCGCCCCUCGCAGUGAGCGACACAUCUCGGCCAGGCGCUGGAUGCAGCGGACCACCAGGCCCUCGGGCGUCCCCGAGAGCCCUGCCAACUCCGAGAAGGGCUGUGGGGGAAGCAGGGUGGGGACUAAAUUGGAUAGACCUGGGCAGGCUCUCCCCAACCGUCUGCAAAACCCCAAAUCCAGUUACUCACCAUGCCCCGGGCCCACUCGUACACAACCCCGACCAGCCCGAAAUUCAGCUCCCCUACAAAUUCUUCCACUGUCUGGUUCAGGCCACAGGCCACCUGGACCUCACCAAUCCGCUUGGCCACAGCGCGGACACGUUCCACUCCCUGCAGGUGGGGAAGGACAGGUUAAGACCCCUUCCUGCUCCAGGACUAGGGAGGCUCAGAUCAAGGAAGAAGCCAUUCCAGCUCUUCGGGGCACGUACAGGGUUGGAGAGGUCACGGGGGACCCUGGGGGUAGGGCCUGGGAAUGCUGCAGCCCGGGGAGGGGGGGCCCAAUACCUGUUUGAGGGUACUUGGGAGCUGCUCCCCAGUGUCCCCGGGGCUCUGGCAGACCAGGCCGGAGAGCAGGGCUGCUAUCUCCUCCGGCCGCAGGGCACUCAGAGCGUUGUCGAACAUGAGCUCGGUGAGGAGCAGCUCAUGGCUGCUCAUGGCACAAGCCACGCGCCCCGCCAGCUUCACCGUGCCCGCCUCGUCUACAUAGCCCAGAGUUCGGAGCACCUGGACGGAAGAUGGCGGGUGUCGGGAGCCUGCUGUUCUCCCUCACUAGCCCCCCACACUGCUCUCACCUCUACUCGCUGGUGGUACUCGGGGAGCAGCAGCAGCGACUGGUCUGACAGCAGGAAGCGCAGCCGCUCUAUCUCCUUCUGUAGCUGCCUUCGCUCCUGCAGCUUCAGAUCCCCGGCAUCACCUGCAGGAUCACACCCAGUGCGUUGUGAUGCUCCUGAGUCUUCACAACCACCACCCUCCCGGCCGAGAGAGACUUCAGCCCGUUGACAGACUCCAUGACACGUCGCUGAGGAGCGGGGAUGUGCACACGGAUGAAGGAGGCAGUCAGGGAUGCAGGGACCAGUUCGGGGGCACCCAGAGUGCCGCCCUGUCUUCCCCUCCGUCUGCCCGCAUCCCUGCUGACCUGGAUCAAGCUGCGGGUCUCUGUCAGCUCCUCUCCCCAGCUAUAAUACUCGGGCAGGUCCACCAGUUGGCCAGUCAGGUCAGGCUCCUCCAAGGCCCCCAGCUUCUUGGUUAAUUCAGCCAGAGCCUGUUCGUGGGCCUGGGCAGAAGCAAGGGCAGGUGUGAAAUGAGUCUCCAGGCUCAGUCGGCUACAUCCCCACCUGCAGCCCGCUGGCCUCCACAUGCCCACCUAUCCCCAGCCUGGCUUCCCUCGUCCAAUGUCUAGGCCAGGGUACUGGUCACCCGACCCCUCACCUUGCUGUCCUUGCGGGACGGAAACUCAGAGAAGCUCCUCUUCAUCAUGUCCUCCACCCUGAGGGCGUCCACCCGCAGCAGGUUGAGGAUCAUGGUGUACGUGAGGCGGAACUGAGACUGCAGCUGCGAUGGCUUACCCUGUGGGGAGCGGGGAGACCAGGCUGGGCCCGUUGCUCCCCACCCAGCCCUCUGCGGACCACCCUAGACAAGCUGCCCACGCACCGCUUCUGCCAAAUAAGGGAGCAGAACUGAUGGAGUCACAAGGCCCUGCUAGCGCUGCACUCAGUGCGGGAGAGAGCGGGACCAGGUCUCGCCCUGGGAUCUGCUCGCUCCCACGGGGCUUCCCGGGCAGAGGAAAUAGUAGACAGACAGGAGAGGGCAAGGGCCGGAGAGGCAGCCGCGGGCGGGGCUGGGCCUGUGUCUCACCGUCAUCAUGCGGUGCAGGUCCACCAUCUCGGGCACGCGGCCCUUGCAGAGCAGGAUGACGGUGCCCGUGGGGUCCAGGCCCCUGCGGCCCGCGCGGCCCGCCAUCUGCACGUACUCCCCGGGGAGCAGGUCCCGGAAGGCGUUGCCGUCGUGCUUUCGCAUGGAGUCAAACACCACCGUUCGGGCUGGCAUGUUGACACCCAUGGCAAAGGUCUCUGUGGCGAACAAGACCUGGGACACGGGAAGAAAGAUCAGCACAGGCCACGCAGCCACCCCCCGCCUCACUAGCAAGGCCAUGUAGGCAGCUGGCAUGGUCCAGGUGGUUAACUCAGGAGCCCACUCCACUCAGGGCAAAUGGAUAGAGCAGGGAUGACCACUUCCCUCAUUCAUUUACUUAGCUAUUCCUUUCUUGGUGCCCCCACAUCCCACCCCCCCGUCAGUCAUCCGAUGUCUAAUGAGUAUCGUUUUGUGUGAAUGUGUUCUUACGCGUUGUCUUAUGUGCAUGUAAUUUGCAAUUCACAUUGAAAGCAGUUGUGUA